AUGCAAUUAUCGGCAGUUUCACCGAUAACAAAAACUUAUUCACGAACAAUGAAGACAACCCAUUUAUUAAUUCGAGUUGUCUCGAGUGAAACAUUUACACGCUUUAUAAAUCGUGAACCAUUCAUUUUAUUACAACCACAAUGUGUCAUGCGUGCAUUUCAAAUAUGUAUUUAUCUACCAACAUUAUAUGAUGAUCCAUGGCUUAUAUUCAAAGGUAAUUUAAUUGUGUCUAUGUGUGUAUAUUCAUUUUUGCGUACAACAAAACAGCAUUGGAAUCGUAUAACAAUACUUUUUCUUAUAACAUCUAUUGUUCAAGUAUUUAUUGAAUAUGAAAUGAAUGAUUAUGUUGAUGUGUUUAUGGACCUUUUUCAUGUUUCUUCUGAAUUUGAUUUAACUGUUCGUCGAAAUGAAACAAUAUGUUGUUUAAUUGGAUUUGGUAUUGGUGUUGGUUGUUGUAUACUUUAUCGUCUUAUUUCAAAUUUUCUUGCUCCUUCAUCGUCAUCAACAGCAUCAAUCUCAAAUAAUACAUUAUCGUCUUUGUCAAACAAUAUACGUGAUGCGAAAAUAUCACAAAUGGGUCAAGAACAUUCAUCAUUAUCUUCUAAUGGAAAUGAAAUAACUGUAACUUAUACUAAACGACCACGUUCAUCAACAACAUUAAAACGAAGAACACCAGAUAUAAUUCAUCCAACAAUAGCUAAUGAUAAAUGUCAUUAUCAAGAAUAUACAAAUGACUCCGAUCGUGAACCAUUACUUGGUUUACCUAUUGAUAAACAUCAUAUAUCAAUACCAAAUAAAAAUUUUCAAAUAAAUCAAUUAUCUGAUGAAAUGACAUGGUCAGAAAUGUCAUCAUCAAUAGGUACAUAUGGUUUAUUACAAGAAUCUUAUCAUUCCAAUUCUUUAACUGGUGAUUCUGGUGUUGAUUGUCAUGAAAUUUCAACAAUUAAAUCAUCUCGUAAUCAACCACAUAAUCAUGAUAUAACAAAUCCAAUUAUUAAUAAUGAUUAUGAUGAAAAUGAAUUAUUAAUUAAUGAUUCAACAAAUGGUACAAAUACAAUACUUUAUUCUGAAUCAAGAAAAUAUGAUUCUGAUACAGCACUUAGUCGUGGUGUUAUACUUCAUGAUACACAAACAGUAACUGAAUCUCAUGUUAGAUCUUUUAUGUCAACAGAAAAAGAACAUAUUGCAACUGAUUUAAAUACAUUAACAAAAAAAUAUUCGAAAUCACAAACAUCAGUAUCACCAUCAGUAUCAAAAUAUUAUAAUCGACCUAUACAUAAUACAAUUAAUGCACUUGAUUGGGAUUGGAAUGAUGUUCAUUCUUCACCAUUAAUACAAUCACCAAAAAAUCGUUCUAAAAAACUAUAUCAACAUUAUUCAUCGUCAUCAUUAUCUCGUUUAAAUAAUAAUAAUAAUAAUAAUAAUAAUAAUAAUAAUAAUAAUAAUAAUAAAUGUAAAGUACGAAGACGAUUAAAUAAUAUUAAUAAACAAACAGAUUAUAAUGAAUCAGAUCUUGAAAUACGUACGUCUAUUUCAUAUGAUUGUACAAGUUCACCAUUAAGACGAAGACCAAGUUCAGUUUAUUUUGAUUCAACAGAUAAUACAAGUGGUGAUGAAAAUUUUGGAGAUGAAACUCUACAAAUUCCAUCACCAUCAUCGGUGCUAACUUCAUCACGAACAACAGAACAUUUUUCAAUUUCAAAAUAA